CUGCGCCAAACAACUAAAAUAGUUACUUCGGAGGGCGGUUUGCGUGUAAGGACAACUUGCGCUAAAACUCUUCUCCCUAAAGUGGUGAAUGCGCCCAUAAAAAGUCAAAACAGCGGGGACAGACCUGCUGUGGCUGAAAUAAAUGUCUCAGCGCGACUCAUAAAAUAAAUCAGGGUGCAGAGACAUUGGAGCUCGGGAAAGUUCUCAAGAACUGGAUCUCAUCCUCCCCUUCUCCGCCCUCAGCCAUGGCUGUGAAGGAGCCUCCUCAGACUGGAAACCACCGCUGACUGCCGGCAGAAACGUUCACAACACUUUGGAAGAUGGACCAAUGGGAGAUGUUUACAUUUACAUCCUGAGUUGUUGAUUGGUUGAAAGCUGGGGGUUUCCUACAAGGACAUAGAAACAUUCCUUUGAUCACUUGAGCAUCACAGAAGGUGCAACAAUGAAGAGACCUGCUUCUGCAAGUAGGGAUGCUAAUUUGAUGAAGGUCUAACCAUCAUCACCUACAAACAACACCAUGGAGAGCACUUAUUCUUCUUUAAGCCUUUACAAACUUCUUAAAGAGAAGAUCUUUCAAAGUUCAUCUGUCUCCUGGAGCCCAUCUACCCCCUUUGAUGCUCAUUCAUGCACCCAACAAACAGCAACCUCUCAGCAUGAAGAGGAGGGACCAGCUGAACCAGCAAAGCAUGAUCAGGGAGACAAAUUCAGCCUUGCAGACCUUAGAGAAACCCUACAAGCCUUGGAUGCCUCUGAGAACUGCUGGCCAAAAUUUUGCUCAGAGUGCCAGGCCUUUAUUAGGAUGGGCAACCAACAAGCAACAAAACUGAAGCCAAAUUAUUAUAUGGAGAGCUGGAAUGCCUUACAAAUAUCACCCGGAGUCCAUAUUCCCCGUAAGAGAAGGCAGACAGUGGAGGAGGCGUCAUAUAACCUUGGGGUGACACCAGGCCCAACAAGAUGGAGAAAGUGCCAAAUAGUGGACCUUCAAUCAACAGAUGAGAGUGAGGAGGAAAAUGGCCUAACACUGGCUCCUUUAGAAGCUUUUCAACAGGUUGCAUGCUGGUUAAAAGAUCAGAGCAGAGCAUCUGUAGAAGAAGCUGAGGAGCUUUGUGCCCUGGGUGACGCUCACAGUCUGGACCAGACCUGGAAUAGCAAGGCAGGAAAAUCAGAGUGUGAAGGUCAGACCAAGAGGAAUACAACAUCAGAUUAUCAUCACUGCACCUGUCCUUUUCCAUUCCAUCACCCAUCGCACAGUCUGUCAGGGAGAGAGGAUAUCUCCCCCGCACCCUCCCCCACCCUCUCUGCUUCCACACGGACAUCCAGCAGCUUGGGAAGUUUGUCCCCCAUCCUGUCUUCUCCUGUCACAUUAAACCUGACUGACAAGACAUAUUGGCAAAACAUAUCCAAUAGGAAAAACGUUUGGACCAAUUCAGGAAAACCACAGCUGGAUGGUUUGGAGACCAGAGGAUGUGAAAGGGUCACCACAAAUCCUGAAGGAGCUGAAAAUGAUUUUGGGUCUGCAGAGGAGAAGCUAAUAUGGUCAACUCUACAGCUAAAGGAAGAUUAUCUGCUAUCUUCCGAGGAAGCCCUGCAGAGGCAGGAGGAGAUCUGGCAGCAGGAGGUGGAGGAGUCUCUGUCUCGCUGCAGGUCUCUUUUUCAUCCAUCGAGACCGAAACACGUUGACUUCCUGCACAUCACUGCUUCUGAUGAUGAUCUCACUGAAUCACCCUCGACCACAACUCUCCUCCACCUGACAUCAGAGGCACCCACACCAGGAGAAGGAGAGGAAAAAACUCCUGGUCGUCUACAAGCCGUGUGGCCACCUCUUAAGGAGGAAAAGGUUGGCCUGAAGUAUACUGAAGCAGAGCACCAGGCCGCUCUCCUGCUGCUGAAAAGAAAAUGCAGACAGGAGCUAGAGACGUUACAGGGGGAUUAUGAACUUCAACUCUACAAACUAAGGGAGGAAAACAGAGACAAUGUUUAUCGCCUGGAGUUGAUUAUUGCUGAACUACGGGCCAAGGUCACACAGGUUCAGAGUUACAAUCAAAGGGGGCUUAAAGAUGUUGCUGUUUCCACAGCAGAUGGCUUUUUACACAAAUCAUUCCACACUGUCAGCAUCCAGACUGACGAAGAAAACUUCAAUAACAGUUCUGAAGAUGGUGAAGUUAAUCUUCAGCAGCAAAUGGGAAUCCCCAAAAAGCUGGACAUGGCUUGCAUCUGUCUCAACCUGUCUGGUCAGACAGGAGAUGUUUUGUCCUCUUCUUCAACUUUCACAUUUCCUCAGACUCUUCCUCCUGGAGAGUCCUUACCGCAACCAAGAGCUAGUUUUCAGAAUUCACCGCCAGCCAAACAAGACUGCCUUUCUCCUCCUCCACCACCACCUCUGCCAUCUUUUUCACUGUUUUUGCCACCACCUCCACCCCCGCUUCCUCAGUCAGCACUAGGUGUUGCUCACCCACCACCUCCUCCACCAGUAGGGGGUGUCAUGGUUGAAAAACCUCCAAGGAAGCCAGCAGUGGAACCUUCCCGAGCCAUUAAGCCUCUUUACUGGACCAGAAUCCAGAUCCAAGAUGACAAUAACUACUCUCUGUGGAGUAUCUUAGAGGAACCACACAUAAUAAAUGCCAACGAGUUUGAGGAUCUCUUUGCUAAAACAACUACGAUGGGAAAAAAGAAGCCGCUGUCACAGACUUAUGAGAAGAAAACCAAAGCCAAAAAGCUCAUUAAGCUGCUGGACAGCAAGCGCUCUCAGGCUGUGGGCAUACUCAUAUCAAGCCUCCACCUGGAGAUGAAAGAUAUUCAGCAAGCUGUACUGACUGUGGAUCAUUCUGUGGUGGACCUGGAGGCCAUUGAAGCACUUUAUGAAAAUAGAGCUCAGCCGGAUGAACUGGAGAAGAUCAGGAAACACUACGAGUCAUCUCAGGAGGAGGAUGUUAAACUGUUGGACAAGCCUGAGCAGUUCCUGUUUGAACUGUCUCAGAUUCCAGACUUUGCUGGGAGAGCUUGCUGUAUGAUCUUCCAGUCGACUUUCACUGAAGGGAUUGCCUCAAUUAAAUGCAAGCUCAGCUCUGUCUCAUGUGUCUGCAAGGUUCUGCUGGAGAGCAGUGGUGUCAGGGAGGUCAUGGGACUGGUGCUAGCUCUAGGGAACCACAUGAACGGAGGCAGCAGGAUCAGAGGCCAAGCCGACGGCUUCGGUCUGGAAAUCCUCCCGAAACUUAAAGAUGUCAAGAGCAGGGACAACCGGAUCAGCCUGGUGGACUAUGUGGUGUCAUACUACUUACACAAUGUGGACAAGAACGCUGGAACAGAAAAGAGCAUGUUUCCUCUUCCUGAACCUCAGGACGUCUUCAUGGCAGCUCAGGUCAAGUUUAAAGACCUCAGCAGAGAUCUAAGGCAGUUCGAACAAGAUCUGACAAGAUGUGAGAAAAAUUUACAGAAAGCGUGUUCAGAGUCUCCUGAUGAAUACCUGCAGCCGUUUAAGGACAAGAUGGAAGCUUUUGUUCUUACCGCUCGAAAGGAGCAUGCAGAAGCUUCCUACCAGCUGAUGACUGUGCAAAAAAGUUUUCAGGACGUUGCUCUGUACUUUGGACUCAAACCCAAACCAGGAGAGGAGGAGGUGACAACCAGUCACCUCUUCACGCUUUGGUUUGAGUUCUGUGCUGAUUUCAAGGUCAGGUGGAAGAGGGAGAACAAGAGUUUCUCAAAAGAGAGGUUAAAACAGGCUCAGCUGUCAGUGAAGAGGAUCACUGGAGAGAAAAAAGUUGAGACAAAAAAGAUCAACCCCAACAGUCUGAAGGAACGACUGCGUCAGAAAGAAGCUCAAGUGACUUCACCUUAAAACAUUCUGGCUUAUAAUAAAUAUCCACAGAAAUCUGGAGCUAACUUAUAGUGGACCAUGACAGUAAAUCAACAUUUUUAUCAAUCAUCCAUAACAUUUUUCACUUAAUGUCACUACAACACUUACUCUAACUUUGACAACCCUGUAAUUUAUGUAUAAAAAUGUAGUUGGUCAAUAUCUAAUUAUUAAAUAAUUUAAUUGUAUUUCUUAAUUAAUAUUACUUUUACUAAAAUAUACAUCUUGUAUGGAUUUUUCCUGUAUUUUUUCACAAAUAAAACAAAAAUCAGAAAAGAAUUAUGUGAUACAAUA